AUGCUAAAAGUUCACUUGAUUCUCAUCGUAAACCUGGCCGGGAUUUGGGCCGCCGACUACGAAAUGCUUCUCGAGGAUCCGGAUAUCUUUUCACCCUGCACCGAGCCCCCACCCGGUUCGGCGGGCAUCCGGGGGCUCUUGAACAUGGAUGACCUGGUGAAGAGCCAGGAAGAUGAAACGAUUCACGUCUCCGAGAAUGCAUCCACCACUUGGGAGCUGCAACCCACCGAUCGAAUUUCUGCAAGGUUCGCCAUGAUGCACUUCAACCGGGGCACCUGGGAGCCCACUGUCUUCAGCGUGGCCACUCCGGACUUUUGCUCGGUGAUGUUCGAUGAGGAUCAGUACUGGUACAAGUACUGGACCAAGAACAUCCUGAACCGCGAUGAGGUGGAGGAGAAGUGCCUAAGGACACCUGGUACCAUUCUGGCUCACAAACCCUUCGAUGUGGUACUACGGAUGAUGAAUAUCCGGGGAGCUACCUUGAACGGACGCUACAAGGCGGUGGUCACUUUCGAGGCUUUUGACGAGAAGAACGCCCCGCGACCCAACACCAUUUGCUUUGAAGUCAGGGGCGAGGUGGAAAAGUUAAAGAAAUGAAGUCUCUAAGAUCAAGGAUGUGAUCUUUUUAAUAAAAAUGUGGCUUUAAAAA